CUCUUAAAAGUUGGCAGCACUGGUAGUAGCUGAAUCGAUAACAAAUUUUAAUAAAUAAAAGAAAAAAUAUAAUAAACAGUUCAAAAAUAAUUACGCAUUCUAAUAAAUUGUGUUGUAUGUGAAAAGUGAUAAUUACGCUGUGCCCAAGCGUGGCAAGUGGUGAUGUGACCGCUGAACUCAAGCCUGCGCAGCUCACACCCAAAUAAAAAAAAUAUAUAUAUGUAUGUAUAUGUAUGAAGACAGACUCGAGAUGAUUACCAUGACUAACAUUGCGUCGCUGAUUUAAAUGGAAAACUGCAAGGCAACAACAACAUGCAACGACAACAACAACAAAUAAAAGAAAGUCUGCUGAUAACGACGAUAAGCAAAACCGAAACUGCAUGCAACGAUUAAAAGACAAGUGGAAGAUCAAGAAAGAGAGACACGCAGAGACAGAGAGAGAAAGGGAAAACGGAGACGAAAAAGAGACUCUUAUUUAAUUAAUAUAUAGAAAAAUAUUAAUUUAGUUAUUUAAAAUUGCAAUCAUGGCUAAAUUACAAUUCGCACAGCCGCUGAAAUCGAAUGCUUAUGGCUAUACAAUGGGCUCGAUUUAUUUGUGGAAGAACGAUCCUCCGGAUAUUGUGUCACUGACAUGUCUAAUGCCCAACGGACUGAUGCUGCAAAUGCCGUUCAAUAUAGAGACCACCAUCCGUGAAGUGAAGGUUGAAAUGGUUGCCUUGGCAAAGAGUAAACCCUUGGGCUAUGUGAUAAAGGAUCCAUGUGAUUAUACCGUGUAUGGCAUCUCAGACUAUAAUAUCGAACCAUAUACGGAUGAGACAAAGCGUCUGAUUGAUGUGCAGCCCUAUUUUGGUUUAUUGAGUCUUGGCGACCGUAUGGAAACGAGCAGCUUUUCCAGCGAUUACGAGUUAACCAAAAUGGUCAGCGAUAUAAUUGGCAAAUCCUUUGAUCAUCAGAGCACACAGAUCACACCCGAGGUCGAUCAUUUUCGGCGCAAAGUGACAGUCAUCUGUGAUAACAUUAAGAUGGAGCGUUCCAAGUAUUCGUGGCAACAGCGUUUACUCUACGAACAUCCCCUGCGAUUAGCCAACUCCACAGCAAUGCCGGAGCUGAUUCGACAACGACAUCCAACAUCCGCAUUUCUAAUUGUCGUCAAGAAUGAGAACGAUCAGAGCACGUUUACGCUGUCCGUGCUGGAGCACGAUACGCCGUAUACAUUGAUCGAGAAUACUCUGCAAAAGAUGAAUCGCUCACAGAUGAAGAUGAACGAUCGCGCCAACGAUUACAUACUCAAGGUGAGCGGUCGUGAUGAGUAUCUUUUUGGCGAUCAUCCGCUGAUUCAGUUCCUGUACAUCCAAGAGACGCUGUCUGAUGCCGCCGUACCCAACGUGGUGCUCCAGUCGGUGAUGCGUCUCGAAUCCUACAUCAAUCAUUACAAUGAGCAAAGUCUGUGCCUGGAGCGGCAACCAAAACCGGAGCGUCAGUCGGCUGUGGCCCUACAGAAAACUCCCACAACGAUGCUUUGGGAUCUGCAUACGCAGAACUUUUCAUUAACACUGCACGGCAUCACCAAUGUCAACUUUGAUCGUGCACGCGCCUUCAAAGUGGGCGUCCAUGUUGGACUCUAUCAUGGCGAACAUAAAUUGUGUGCUCAUCGCAGCGUCGAUGCAUCUAGCUCCGGAAAUUCACCGGACUUUUUCUUUGAUCAAGUCCUCGAAUUUGAUUUGCAAAUGCGAAUGCUUCCACGCAUGACACGUCUCUGCAUUGUUGUCUUUGAGGUUACCAAGAUGUCGCGCUCGAAAAAAUCAUCCAACAAUAGCAGCACACUCAAGGACAUAUCCUAUAAUAAUAAUCCUUUAGCCUGGGUUAACACGACGCUUUUUGAUUACAAACAUCAGUUGCAUCAUGGACGACACACACUUUACACUUGGACCUAUGCAGAUGAUAUACAAUCCGAUGAGGUACUUCAUCCGCUGGGCACCGUCGAAUCCAAUCCGCGCAAGGACGGAUGCGCCGUCGUGCAUCUGACAUUCCAUCCCGGCGAAAAUAGCAGCACCGGCGAGCAUGUCUGCUAUCCCAGUGAGGAACAGGUGCUGCAAUUUGCAGCGGAACGAGCUCGUGCCCAUCGGGAGAAGCAACUGCAGCUGAAGGAGCCAGAGAAGCCACUGCGAGAUCUCGGUGACAUACUUGCAAAUUAUACGGGCAGAGACAAAAUUUACGAGAUGGUUGAUCAGGAUCGCAACGCCAUGUGGGAACGCAGGAGCGAUAUACUGCGCGACUUUCCCGAGGAGCUUUCCGUGCUGCUGCACUGCGUCUACUGGAAGGAUCGCGACGAUGUGGCUGAUAUUUGGUCUCUACUCAAGGAGUGGCCUCUCAUCUCCAUCGAAAGAUCGCUUGAGCUGCUCGACUAUGCCUAUCCAGAUCCAGCUGUGCGACGAUUUGCCAUCAAGUGUCUCCAUUAUCUCAAGGACGAGGAGCUGCUGCUUUAUCUGCUGCAGCUGGUGCAGGCCAUCAAGCAUGAAUCGUAUUUGGAGAACGAUUUGGUUAUAUUCCUGCUGGAACGUGCGCUACGCAAUCAACGGAUCGGGCAUUAUUUCUUUUGGCAUUUACGAUCCGAAAUGCAAACUCCAUGCAUGCAGACACGCUUCGGCCUGCUCCUGGAGGCAUAUCUCAAGGGUUGCAGGCAGCAUGUAAAGCCGCUGCGCAAGCAGCUCGAAGUGCUGGAGAAGCUGAAGCAAGGCUCCGUUAUAGCCAAAAAGGGCAGUAAGGAGAAAGUGCGAACACAGCUGCAAAAAUUCUUGCAGAACGAGCACAACAACGGUGUCUUCCAGAACAUUAAAAAUCCAUUAAAUCCGAGCUUCAGAUGCAGCCGUGUCACACCGGAAAAAUGCAAGGUGAUGGACAGCAAAAUGAGGCCACUUUGGGUGGUUUUCGAAAACGUGGAUCAAACUGCCAGUGAUGUAUAUGUUAUAUUCAAAAAUGGCGAUGAUCUGCGCCAGGAUAUGUUAACCCUGCAAAUGCUGCGCGUAAUGGAUCAAUUGUGGAAACGCGAAGGCAUGGAUUUGCGCAUGAGCAUCUACAACUGCAUAAGCAUGGAACAGAGAUUGGGCAUGAUAGAGGUGGUUCGUCAUGCGGAGACAAUUGCCAAUAUACAAAAGGAGAAGGGUAUGUUUUCGGCGACGUCACCCUUUAAGAAGGGAUCGCUCUACAGCUGGCUUAAGGAGCAUAACAAGGCGCCCGGAACACUUAACAAGGCCAUUAAAGAGUUUACACUCAGCUGUGCUGGCUACUGUGUUGCCACCUACGUGCUGGGCGUGGCCGACCGUCAUUCGGACAAUAUUAUGGUCAAGCGUAAUGGACAGCUUUUUCAUAUAGAUUUUGGCCAUAUUCUUGGUCACUUUAAGGAGAAGUUUGGCGUGCGUCGGGAGCGCGUUCCCUUCGUGCUAACUCACGACUUUGUCUAUGUUAUUAACAAAGGCUGCAUAGAUCGCGAAGCAAAAGAGUUUUGUUACUUUCAGGAAUUGUGCGAGAGCGCAUUUUUAAUUUUACGCAAACACGGUUGCCUUAUUUUAUCGUUGUUCUCAAUGAUGAUUUCAACGGGACUGCCGGAAUUGUCCUCCGAGAAGGAUUUAAACUAUUUACGUGAGACUUUGGUGCUGGAUUACACGGAGGAAAAUGCGCGCAAACAUUUCCAGGCGAAAUUCAGCGAAGCAUUAGCCAACUCCUGGAAAACCUCACUCAAUUGGGCCUCGCACAACUUCUCUAAAAACAACAAACAGUAAUCUAAGCAAAAACAACAACAGCAGUAGCAACAAUAAUCAUUAAAUGCGAGAUAAAUUCACACACACAGACACACUCCCACACAAUCCGCAGUUCCUGUUACCUUUCUGUCAACAUUUCUGUGUUUCCGUUUCCGGACGAGGCGUAGUACAAUUUUUUUUAUAUAAUACAUACAACCAAGUUCAAAACUAUGUGUUCACUAUUUUAGGUCAAGUUAUACACACACACCUACACACAAACAAACAUGCACACACUUAUGCUACAUAUACAUACAUAAAUAGAGCAAAUAAAAAAACCAGCCAAAACGUCACUGUCCCCCCAACAAGUGCUCCAAUAUUAUUUUCCUGUUGUCCAUUUGUACAUUUGCUUUUU